AUGGUCAUGAGGAACAUCAUGGGUGUGGACGUGGCAUGGGGCAUGGGCAUGGAGAACGCCAUGGCCAUGGGGCUUGGACAUGCUAUGGGGUAUGGGCAUGCCCCCUGGGAGGUGCCGUUCGAGGAGAUCCUGGACCUGCAGUGGGUCGGCAGUGGGGCGCAGGGCGCCGUCUUCCUGGGCCGCUUCCAUGGGGAGGAGGUGGCCGUGAAGAAGGUGCGGGACCUCAAGGAGACCGACAUCAAGCACCUGCGCAAGCUCAAGCACCCCAACAUCAUCACCUUCAAGGGUGUGUGCACCCAGGCCCCCUGUUACUGCAUCAUCAUGGAGUUCUGCGCCCAGGGCCAGCUCUAUGAGGUCCUUCGCGCCGGGCGCAAGGUCACCCCCUCCCUCCUCGUCGACUGGUCCAUGGGCAUCGCCGGCGGCAUGAACUACCUGCACCUCCACAAGAUCAUCCACCGCGACCUCAAGUCGCCCAACAUGCUCAUCACCUACGACGACGUGGUGAAGAUCUCAGACUUCGGCACCUCCAAGGAGCUCAUCGACAAGAGCACCAAGAUGUCCUUUGCUGGCACCGUGGCCUGGAUGGCACCCGAGGUCAUCCGCAACGAGCCUGUCUCCGAGAAGGUUGACAUCUGGUCCUUCGGGGUGGUGCUGUGGGAGCUGCUGACGGGGGAGAUCCCCUACAAGGAUGUGGACUCCUCGGCCAUCAUCUGGGGGGUGGGCAGCAACAGCCUCCACCUGCCCGUCCCCUCCGGCUGCCCCGACGGCUUCAAGGUGCUGCUGCGCCAGUGCUGUAGCCAGUGCCCCGUGCCGCAGGCGGAGUGGCGGGAGGAGGUGAAGCUGCACUUCGAGAAGAUCAAGUCGGAGGGGACGUGUCUGCACCGGCUGGAGGAGGAGCUCAUCAACCGCCGGCGCGAGGAGCUGCGGCAUGCGCUGGACAUCCGGGAGCACUACGAGCGCAAGCUGGAACGUGCCAACAACCUCUACAUGGAGCUCAGCGCCCUCAUGCUGCAGCUGGAGCUCAAGGAGAAGGAGCUGCUCAGGCGGGAGCAGGCGCUGGAGAAGCGUUACCCCGGGCUCUUCAAGCCACGGGCGCCGCGGGGGCUCCUGCACGGCAACGCCGUCGAGACCCUCAUCAAGAAACGCAACGUCCCCCAGAAGCUCUCGCCCCACGGCAAGCGGACACAUGGGACCAUCUUGGGGGGGGGGCGCAGGACCCCUGGGUCCUUCCUGGGAUGGAGGGAGUGGGGUCAGGACCUGUGGGUCCCUCCUGAGGGGCAGCAGGAGGACCCCAGUGUCCCCCCCCCCACACCUUUGCCCUCCCAGAAGCGGGGGGUCUCGUCGGAGGAGGAGGAGGGGGAAGUGGACAGCGAGGUGGAGCUGCCGCUGCGGCAGAGGUGGCCCCCGGGCAUGAGCAAGCGGCAGUCGCUGUCGACCUUCAGCUCGGAGAACUUCUCGGACGGGGACGGGGACGGGGACGGGGACGAGGGGCACACGAGCGAGCCCUCGCACAGCGCCACCCCCGACGUGGGCAGCACCAACACCGACGAGCGCCCCGACGACCGCUCCGAGGACCUGCUCUCCCAGGGCUCCGAGAUCCCCCUCGACGCGCCCCCCAACGACGGGGGGGGGCCCGGACGCCGCCACGGGGGGGUCAGCCCCAAGCCCCACGGGAGGAUGUCGGUCCCAGCCCAUGGCAGGGGACACGGGGACAUGGUGGCAAGAGCCAGCCACACCGUGGGCAAGCAGCCAGGGCUGCCAGCUUCCCAGCGAGCGGGAGCCGACGGCGGCAGGAAAAGGGGACAAGCAGGGACGGGGUAG